UCAAGAUGUGUUACGAUGUCAUCAUUGUGGUAACCCGGGCCCCCCAUUGUAUUGUGACGUCUGUCACAUACAUCUGUGUGAUGCGUGUUUAGGGGAACAUAUGUCAGAUUUAUCUACCAAACAUAGAAUGGUGUCAUUUGAACAGCAAUCUGUUUCAAAAUGUUCAAUACAUCCCUCAAACAUAAGCGUACUUUACUGCAAACAGUGUGACAACCCUAUUUGUAGACAGUGUUCUUCUUCUAAUGAACACAAAGACCAUGAGUUUGUUGACAUAGCGAAAACAUUAAAAAGCAAAAUGAAAUUCUUAGAAAGAGAUUUAAACGAAUUAGAGGAAUCAAUUUAUCCUAAAUAUUUGAAGAUUGCCGCUAACAUCCCAAUUCAGAGAGCGGAUUUGACUAAAAAUUCCAGAAAAUUAAGAAAAGCUAUUGAAGAUCAUGGAGGAAGCUUACACAAAGAAAUAGAUAGCAUUAUCGAGGAAAUGAAAAUUGAUCUUGUUGAAAUGGACUCCAAACAGUUGAAUGUCCUUAACAAACAGGAAAAUGAAAUCACACGCAUCAUUUCUGGAAUCACACAAAGUAUUGCUGAACUGAAAAAAAUACUAAACUCGAAUGAUUUAAGCUUUGUUUCUGCUUACAAAUCUAAAAAUGCUGAGUUUAGAAUAUUGCCUGAAGUCACAGUUUGCUUUCCAAGUUUCAUCCCUCAUAAGAUAAACAAAGAACAGAUUUAUGAACAGUUUGGCUCUCUAUCAGUGUUAUCAAUCAAUGCAGAAGAUGGCUACAAUUUGGAUUCUCUAGGUGCUGACUACUUUCCCCCGAAAAAACCACUUAUUGACGUACCACAUAUUCUCACAGAAAUAAACACUGCGUAUGAAAGAUUCCCUUUCGGGACGCGUUCAUUAUGCAAGGCAACAUGUCUGAGUGAUGAUGACAUAUGGACGAAUGGUGAUAUCAACAUCAUGAUGCUCUACAACCUCAAAGGACAACUAUUGAAGUCAAUCAAAACCAAAUCAGGGAACACACCUCACGACAUAGCAGUGACAAGGAGUGGGGAUCUUGUAUAUACUGAUUACAAAGAUAGAACUGUGAACAUAGUUAAGAAUACAAGGUUACAGGAAGUGAUAAGACUACAGGGGUGGAAACCUCGCAGUAUCUGUUGUACAUCCUCUGAUGACUUCCUAGUCAUCCAAGACAGUGAUGAUAAACAAACAAAAGUUGUGCGUUACUGUGGCUCCACAGAGAAACAAAUUAUUCAAUACUAUAAGAGAAGACAGCCUCUCUAUUCAAAUGGUGACAUUAAAUACAUCAGUGAGAACAGAAAUCUAGAUAUAUGUGUGUCAGACUAUAAAGCCGGAGCAGUAGUAGUGGUCAAUCAGGCCGGGAAACUCCGGUUUACCUACACUGGUCCCCCAUCUUCUGCCAAAGGGUAUUUUAGACCACACGGUAUCACAACAGACAGCCAAAGUCGGAUCCUAACAGCAGACUGUCAUGUCAGCUGUAUCCACAUCCUGGAUCAGGAUGGACAGUUACUUCGCUUUUUUUCCAAUUGUCAUUUAAACAGUCCCUUCGGUUUAUGUGUAGACACCAGAGACAACCUCUUUGUUGCUGAUUGGAAUACCGGUAAAGUGAAGAAAAUCCAAUAUUGUAUGCAAACAAAUCGUUAGAAUAAACUGUUUCGUUAUACAACCAGUACAAAUCUUAAAGUGAAAGAAGGACUGUGUUUGUAAAAAUAUUGAAAAUCAGUUUGUAUUAUAUGCUAACACACUACAUAUUGAAUAUAAACAAAAUGUUGAAUAUAGAUUUAUAAACGGGCGAUCACGUCACAAGGAGUUAGCUAGACACGUCACGUUUCGCUAUGUGUAAUAUGACAACUAUUUGCAAUCUGGGACAUUUUAAUACGAACAUAUGUUUCCAUUGGAUGUCGUAUGAUUCCAAAAUCAUGAUUGAGGAAUAAUGAUUUUCGUGUGAUUGUAAAUUGUUCUUAUGCGUAUAUUUCCAUUUAGUUUAUCUAUUUUCCUGGUGAAUUAAUCUCAUUCGCUUUCCUGUGUUACCUGUCGUACAAUACUAACGGUAUUUAUCGAAAUAUGGCAAACAGCAAAUCGAAAGUUUAAACUCUCUAAUGGUUGACAGAACAUAUAAACUGUAAUACCUCAAGAACAGUUUCUGACCGUCAAUGUGAGGUAAAUAGUUAUCGAUUAUGAUUUUGCUGAAAUCAUAAAACGAGUUAUCGAUGAUGACCAAACAAACCACAUAAAACAGGAUUAAACUGCUUGUUCUGGGAAGGGAAUGGAAAUUAAACAUAACUCACAUCACUAUAUUGUAUACAUCACACUUAUAAUUUUUACCUCUCUUCCACAUAGGAAAAAUUAAAACAAACGAGCAAUGCUUAUCUACAAAAUUUCGGUUGUAGGGAAACUUUUGAAAUAAGUGCGCUCUAGUUUAGUUUUAUUCAACUGCAAAACAAUCUAUAGCCUUUGUGGAGGCUACAAUUAACAACGAUGGGGUUCAACGCUUGACUGCAAAGAAAUACUAAAAAAAAGGGGCAUGAAUUAGACGCCAUUGGAAUGCCCUUGAAAAAAAAAUCAUCAAAAAGCCAGAAAAAGAAGACUAAGUGACAUCAUUAUUCGUAAACAUAAACAAAACUGUGAACAAUUACGACGGUAUAAUAUUGUUCAAAUGUUGGAAGAGCUCAGCGAUGCAUCUGACAGCCGCGUCCUGUGAUGAAACUUGAUUCAUGAAGCUCCGAGGAAAAGAAGUAGACUGUAGCAGUUUUUUUCCAAAACAGCUAGUCAUAUGUGUUAUUAUUUACACUGCUCAACAGGUGUUUAAAAAUUCGUUAAUUUUUAUCUGGAAAAUCUUGGAAAGAACCUUUUAGAGGUCAUCCUUUUAUCUCCUUAUCUGGACCGUUAAACGAAAUUUUUAUGAUUGCAUAUUGUUAUAAACGUCACUUUAACGUUUUCCCUUUUGUAUAUUUUUUAUUUUUUCUGAGAUUUGAGAUAUAAUAAAUAAUCAAAGUUGUAAAUCUUUUGCCUCUGAAAAUCCCUACUUACGUACAUGUAACACAUGAAAAAAUUUAUUACGUGUAUGAGUUGGUAACU